AUGAACUUGGAUUACAAUUCUUCAAGUUCAAGUGAUGACCAGUUUGAUGAUAUGGUCAAUAACAUGAUUUUAUACAACGCGUAUCUUGAAGAACAAGAAGACUACGUAAUUCAACAAGCUGUUCAAACAAUUGUCGCUCCAAUCAUAGAAGCCACUCAAAGAACAUCUCCCAAAAAAAAAAUUAUUAUUCCAAGAGACCGUGCUGAUGCAGAUCAAAGGUUAAUGAACGAUUACUUUGUUGAUCGUCCUCUAUAUACCGAAGACAUGUUCCGACGCAGAUUUCGUAUGCGUCGUCCUCUUUUCUUUCGAAUUAUGAACGCACUCGCUGCGAAAGACAAAUUUUUUCAACAACUACCAGACGCAACUGGGAAGCUAGGUGCAUCCAGUCAUCAGAAAUGCACAGCAGCAUUGAGGUGUCUAGCAUAUGGAUCAGCAUCUGACGCAGUCGACGAGUACAUCAAAAUUGCUGAAUCAACAGCAAAGGAGUGCCUUGUGCACUUUGUGCAAGGAAUUCGAAAAGUUUUUACGAACGAGUACUUAAGGAGGCCUACGGUAACCGACUUGCAAGCCUCUUACGUGACGGGGAAAGGCGGGGUUUUCCUGGAAUGA